CGCAAAAUCGAAUAAACACUGCCGCUGUCACGACUUCGUCGCCAUCAAUUUUAAACCAAUCAUAUUUCCCAUAGAAAUUAUGAAAAAAUGAAUCCAACCAAGAAGUCUCUUAUAGAUGAACAUCUAUCAAAAAUUCAACAGGAAACAAAUGCGACAUUGAAUAAUUUCAAACAAUUUGGUUUCAACGUAGAUAAAAUGUUUAUGAAGCAUUUUUUGAAAGUCUCCAUUGAUCGAAUGGAAAAAACCUGUAAACGCUAUCAAUCUGAAGGAAAAUUGGAAACAUCAAAUGAAGUUCCAAAUGGAAAAACAAUGAGUUCGAUGGCAUCACACACAGAAGUAUCAACAAUCAAAUCGAUGAAACGUAAAUCAGACGAAAGCUAUGAUAAUGUGGAAGACCCAAAGAAGCUGAAAGUAAUGCCAUCGAUUGGCACAGGUGCUGAUGAUUUCACCGUAUUCUAUUGCGACCAUUGUUUACAUCCAAAUGGAUGCACCAAAUUAUUCAGCGGUUCGAUUGAUGAAGUAUACGAGCAUUGGUUCACAACUCACCUGGACGAAACAAUUUCCAAACCGUUCCACUUCCAAGCUGUUGGAUUGGCAAGAUGUUUUAACUGCGAUAAAAUUGGCACCUAUCGUGAUUUGGAAAAUCAUCACAAGGAGCAGCAUAAAUCAACAUAUUUUGUAAUCACCGAUCGCAUAAAUAAAAACAAGUGUGGCAUUUGUCAUUUCGAAUAUGGUGAUGUGGUCAAACAUUUCAAUGCCAUUCACAAAGUGAUUUAUCCACCGAUUGCAUUCAAUCCGAUUUCAUAUUCGGAAGAAAGAAUAACUCAACUCAUGGCAAUAAAUAUUGAAAAGGAAUGUCAUUGCAUUGAUUGUGAUCAAAGAUUUAAAACAUGCAACGAACUUGUAAAUCAUCGUUCAGUUUCACACGAUGGCAAAAUUAUCGACACGCAAAGCCAUCAAACAGAGCUGUCCUAUUUAUAUUGUGGUUUUUGUGAGAAAAAAAUUGAUGGCGAUGCGUAUUUCAGUCAUUUUUUGGAACAUCCAUACUCAUUUCGGUGCUCGAAAUGUAAACACGAAUCAGACGAUGUAGCUGAAUUAGUAUUCCAUGAAAGAAGUUUACAUGGUGUCGACAAUAUGCAAAAGCAUUGCGGAAAUUUUCCAAAUUGGUUGAGAAAUAAGUUUCUUAAUGCAAAAAUGGUAUUUACAAAUGGUCUUGUGUUGAAAGUUCACAAUGCACUUGGCACCAAACUCGAUGAUAGCAAAACACUGAAUGAAUUCAUCAAAGACUAUUUGAACGGAAAAAAGGACAGCCUCAAACAAAUGAUAAAAGUGAAAAAUCCAGCAACACUACAUCGGAAUGAUGAUAAGGCACCGGAUGAAAAUACCAUGCUUUCUGAAUUGCUCAAACAAUUAAAAUUGGACAAAAGUUUAUACAUCGGCGGUAUUUUCGGUAGUGUACGGAACAUUGAUAAGGAGAAAAUAUUUUUGACGCUGUGUCAAACAUUACAGCUGAACAUAACGAUGGAAGAUGUCAAACAAAUUGAGAUGCACGAUCAAGACGGAAUGGUUGUUGAAUUCUUCAAACUUGGAGCAAAGAACGAUUUUUUGAAUCGCAGUCAAAAGCAAACUAUCUGGUCGAAUGAAGUGUUUAAGAUGUCUGACAAUAAAAAAAAGUGGAAAAUUGUUGUUCGCCAUCAUUUGACCCCAUUUUAUCGAAACAUUGAUAGAUUUGCAUCGAAACUAAAACACGAAAAUAAAAUCCAUUCAUUUUGGAUGGACAUGAAUGGUUUCAUGGUUAAAUGCAAACCCACUGAGCGUGGACGUCCUAUAUUGUCAAUACAACAACUGCGAAACUAUAUUAAAGAUGUUUAGUCUUAAUUUACAGAAAAGUCAUUGUCAUCAUUUGUCCCAUUCGAACAAACUUUAUUUUUUAUACAAAACAUUGAU